AUGGGUAAAAACAAAAAUCGUUCCAGGCCAUUCACCAACCAUGGUGGAACAUUAUCAACUUCUUCGCAACAACAACAAUCCGGAAAGAAAGCAUCAUCAAAUCCGAAAGGAGGAUCUAAAUUUCACCCAAAAGUAGAUGUUUCGUUGCUUGUGGAUAGAGUUGAGGAAUAUAUGGAAUCUCACGACAAAACAUCAAUUAAUUACAACAGCUCCGAAGAGUUGAUGCCUGUCGUUACCUACUUGAGAAAGAGUUAUGAAAAGGAAUAUAAAUCUAUUCCGUUGCUUGAAUUUAAAGAUAUUUGUGCUGGAGCAAUAGAAAAGAUGUUCGGAGAUGAUUCAGACAUGACAUCUUCAUCGUCGGAAGAUGAAAAUGCAAUGAUAGAUGAAGCUACAAGAGUUAAAAAUCUUACCAAGCUGAAGGAUAUGAUCAAGAAUGAAAAGAAUUCAAUGAAUCAACAACUACAAAAUGUGUAUAAAGAACAACAAACCACUAUAACGCCCUCUACAAAUUCAAGCAGCCAUGCUGGAGAGGCUUCUUCCCAAGCAUCGAGUAAUACCAGCUCUGAAGAUUCUUUGAAGAGAAAAAGAUCAACAAGUCAAGUCAAUGAGCCUCAAACACAAGAGAACAAAUCAACCACUCCCAACCACUCCAAUCAAGAGACUAAUGGUACUACCACAAAUUCCAAUAAUAAUUCUACCGUAGCUCCACCUAACAAAAAGACAAAGCCUUCCUCAGGCCAACCAUCAGACAAAGAAAAGAGAACAAAAAUUAUUGUGGAGACACCCAAUAUCAGAUUUAGUGAUUUGGGAGGUAUUGAUAAUAUUUUACAAGACAUUCGUGAGUUAAUUGAAUAUCCAAUUUUACAUCCAGAGAUUUAUACGUCAUUGGGAGUGGAUCCUCCACGAGGUAUUUUAUUGCACGGCCCUCCAGGAAGUGGUAAGACAAUGCUUGCUAAUGCAAUUGCAGGUGAAUUGCAAAUUCCAUUUUUGAAAGUAUCAGCUCCAGAAAUUGUUAGUGGUAUGAGUGGUGAAUCAGAGGCAAAAAUUAGACAUUUAUUCAGGGAUGCAGUUGCCAAUGCACCAAGUAUAGUUUUUAUUGAUGAAAUUGAUGCAAUUUUGAGUAAGAGAGACAACGCCUCAAAAGAGAUGGAAAAGCGUAUUGUUGCACAAUUGCUGACAUGUAUGGAUGACUUGACACUGGACAAAACAAAUGGAAAAGCAGUGAUAGUCAUUGGAGCAACAAACAGACCAGAUUCACUUGAUAACGCAUUACGUCGUGCGGGAAGAUUUGACAGAGAAAUUUCACUUGGUAUUCCAGAUGAGAAAGCAAGAAUGCAAAUUUUAAAAAUUUUAACACGAAAGCUCAAAUUAGAAGGUGGACAUGAAGUAUUUGAUUUCCAAAACAUUGCACACAACACUCCAGGUUAUGUGGGCGCCGACCUGAAGGCUCUUGUUAACGAAUCAGCAGUUGUCGCCAUUCACAGAAUUUUCGGCAACAUUGUUUUUGGUAAUGAAACGAAGGAAGCUACUCCGAAAACAUUAACACCAGAAGAAGAAGUCAAACGAAGAAGUAUUAUUAGUGAGACCCUUCGAAACAUGAAAGAACCUCUCAGUGAAGAGCAAUUGGCAAGUCUCAGUAUUACUUUUGAAGAUUUUGAAAAAGCCAUUAAGAGAGUUCAACCAAGUGCCAAGCGUGAAGGUUUUGCCACAGUGCCAAAUGUCACAUGGGAUGAUAUUGGAGCUUUAGAAGAGGUUCGUGAUGAAUUGCGACUCACUAUUAUGGAACCAAUUAAGCGACCUGAAAAGUACAAGAAAGUUGGUUUGGAUGUCCCAGCCGGUGUGUUGCUUUAUGGUCCUCCUGGUUGUGGUAAAACUCUUCUUGCAAAGGCCAUUUCUAAUGACAGCGGUGCAAACUUUAUUUCUAUUAAGGGCCCAGAGUUAUUGAACAAAUAUGUGGGUGAAUCUGAGAGAGCAGUUCGACAAGUGUUCAGCAGAGCUGCCGCUUCAUCUCCUUGUGUUAUUUUCUUUGAUGAAAUGGAUGCAUUGUGUCCAAAGAGAGACAAUGAAUCGAGUUCACAAAGCUCAGAGCGUGUGGUCAAUCAGCUACUCACUGAAAUGGAUGGUCUCGAAUCGAGGGGAAAUGUUUUUGUGAUUGCAGCUACCAAUAGACCUGAUAUGAUUGAUCCAGCCAUGUUACGUCCUGGUCGUUUAGACAAGUUACUCUAUGUUAAGCUUCCAAAUGAAAAAGAACGAAUUCAAGUGUUGCAAACCAUUGCUAGAAAAACACCCAUGUCACCUAAUGUGAAUCUUGACGAAAUUGCAAAAUUAUGUGAAAAUUUUUCAGGAGCUGAUUUAUCAGCGCUGGUAAGGGAAGCUGCCACCUGUUGCUUGAAAGAAAGUAUUCAGAACAAUACGGAUAAUCUCAUUGUCACAAGAGAACACUUUAAAGUUGCCUUACGAAAGGUUCACCCAUCUGUCUCGGAAAAAGAUCUCAAAAUUUAUGACAAGAUUGCCAAUAGUUUGAGAACAAGUCGUAAUCAUAUCGUGAUGGACGAUGAACCAAAGAAGAAUCCACACAGUACUAGUUCCAAAUAA